AUGGAUGUAAAGUUGGUCAAUUCUAUGAAUAUUCUUGCUCUGUGGUUGCUUAUUAUUCUUUCUCUUGACCAUCUGCAGGGCCCUCUGAGAUUUAAUGAGACGGUGAUGGGAAAUCCAAAUGCAUCAGCUUUGAUAUUGUCUGCAGAACCCUCGGAACAAAGUGAGAAACAGAAGGCAUCUUCAAGUGCGAAUUCAUCUCAACCUUCUUUGCAGUUGAACCAAAACUUCUCGCAUGGUCCUGUUGUGAUUCUCUGGGACAUCGAGAACUGCCCUGUUCCGAGUGAUGUACACCCAGAAGAUGUGGCUGGAAACAUCAGAAUGGCGCUGCUGGUCCAUCCUAUAAUUAAAGGAGCUGUUACAAUGUUCUCCGCAUAUGGGGAUUUUAAUGCAUUCCCCAGGCGACUGAGGGAGGGCUGCCAGAGAACUGGUGUCAAACUCAAAGAUGUCCCAAAUGGUAGGAAGGAUGCAGCUGACAAGGCAAUAUUGGUUGAUAUGUUUCUUUUUGCUCUUGACAACCUUCCACCUUCUUCCAUCAUGCUGAUCUCAGGGGAUGUUGAUUUUGCUCCAGCACUUCACAUACUUGGUCAACGUGGUUAUACUGUGAUUCUUGUCAUUCCGUUGGGGUUGGGUGUUUCAUCCGCCUUGAGUAAUGCAGUUUCGGGAGGACCUGUUGUUUCUUGUGAUCAGGAUGACUUGAGGUGGAUACAGCCUGGAGACUUAAAUGGUUUAAAGGGGCAGCUUGUAAAGUUGCUUGAAUUGUCUGGAGGAUGUCUGCCUCUUAGUCGUGUUCCUGCUGAUUACCAGAAGGUAUAUGGGAGGCCUCUUUAUAUUUCAGAAUAUGGGGCAUUAAAGCUUGUCAAUCUUCUCAAGAAGAUGGUUGAUGCCAUGACAAUCGAGGGGAAAGGCAAUAGGAAAAUUGUAUACCUCCGGAACUCUAGACCGAGCCCUAGUGCUCCUCCAUUAGUUCUUGCAAAGAAGGAUAGAAAAGGAAAGGGGACUCAGGAAGAGUAUAUUGAUAUUACAACAGGGGGUAGAUCUUCAGAUGAGUUCUCAGAUGACGAACGGGUGGUUGUAGACGACCAAGAUGAGAGGAGGAAUGGAGGAAAGACUGAUUUGGGGAUAACUGCUCAAUCUGAAAUUAGUGACCAAAGUCUUGAAGAGUUCAAGUAUGAACUUCAAGAGAUUUUAGUGAGCUAUUCUUGUCGGAUUUUUCUGGGUUUCUUUGAUGCAAUAUAUCAGCAACGGUACAAGAAACCACUGGACUAUCGGAGGUUUGGUGUGAAUGAGCUGGAGGAGUUGUUAGAAAAGGUGAGAGAUGUUGUGGUCUUGCAAGAGGAACCAGUAAACAAAAGGAAGUUCCUGGCUGCUGUUGGGGGCUAG